AUGACCACUCGAAUUGGUAGAAGACGAAGAAACAACCAAUCGACCAUGAUGGACCAUUCAUCUCAACAUGAUUUUCCCGAUCCUCAUGAACCAAACAUUCAUUUCACACUCUUUCACAUGCUUCGAAUCAUCCAUUGGGAAAUCAUUUGGAUCUUGAUUGGUAUGAUUGGAUUUGCAUGUUUAGGUGCCAUGCCCAUCAUUUUUAACAUUUUAAUGGGUGAAUUAAUUAAUUCUAUUUUUACAGCCUUAUCCAAAGGAGGAGAAUAUGCUUCUCAAAUUCAAACACUCUCUGUAUGGAUGGCCAUCAUUGCUGCGUUGGCAUGUGUCACGACAUCGAUUGGCGCCAUUUUCAUGACAUGGUCCUUUGAAAGAGUUGGAGUUCGAUUCAAAACUGCAUACAUUUCAAGUUUAUUGAGACAAGAAAUUGGAUUCUUUGAUAUGAAACGAACUGGACAAUUAAUGAGUUGGAUGACUGAAUCGAUGGAACAAAUUCAAGAUUCAUUCAGUAACAAGUUAGGAAGAGCCACACAAUUUACUGUUCAAGUAUUAUUAGGAAUUAUACUAGCCAUUGUUUUUGCAUGGAAAAUGGCAUUGGCAAUGAUUGCUUUUGCACCCGUGAUUGCAUUCAUCAUGUUUAUUUCAGCCAUUGCCUCUCAAAAAGUCACCAAGAGAACUCUUGCCAUUAGUACUCGAGCCUCAGGAAUUGCCAAUGAAGUGAUUGGAUCCAUGAGAACGGUACGAUCUAUGGAUGCAGAAGAAAAGGAAAUUUCUCGUUAUGAAAAGACUCUGGAGAGUGGAAAGUAUAUCUUUUUAUUGAAAUCCAUCACGUUGGGUGGUCCUAUUGGUAGUCAAGAACUCUCGAUUUGGGGUAUUUUGGCAUUUGGAAUGUGGUGGGGAGGACAAUUAUUGUUGAGAGGUGAAAUUGAAUUUGGUAACAUGUUUCGAGUAUUUACCUUGUUAUUGAUGAGUGUGUUGGGAUGUUCUCAAAUUAUGGCAACCAUUCCAGAUUUAACUCGUGCCAUUCAAUCCGGAAAGAAUAUUGUCAAGGUCAUUCAGAGAAUUCCUGCCAUGAGAUCGAGUGGAGGAAUUGCACCUUCGAAACUCAUUGGUCAUCUAGAAUUUAAGAAUGUGAGUUUUGCCUAUCCUACACGACCCAAUACCAUUGUAUUGAAGAAUUUCUCAUUGAGUAUUCAACCUGGUCAAUCGGUGGCCUUUGUUGGUGGUUCAGGAAGUGGAAAAUCGACUCUGAUUGGUUUACUUGAAAAGUUUUAUGAACCUCUCUCGGGUGAGAUUUUAAUCGAUGGUAAGAAUAUCACAGAGAUUGAUCCAAGAUGGCUUCAUCGUAACAUUGGUAUUGUCACGCAGGAACCAACUCUGUUUGCAACGACCAUUCGAGAUAAUAUUUGUUAUGCAGUGAGAAAAUCCGAUCAAGAUCCGUAUCCAAGUGAUGAAGAAAUGAUCAAUGCUGCUAAAAUUGCCAAUGCUCAUGAAUUUAUUUCCAAUUUACCAGAUGGAUAUAAUACUCCAUUGGGAGAGAAGGGAGUUUCAUUAUCAGGAGGUCAAAAACAACGAAUUUGUAUUGCUAGAGCUGUCAUUCAAAAUCCAAGUGUACUCUUAUUGGAUGAAGCAACUUCAGCACUUGAUACCAAUUCUGAAAGUAUUGUUCAAGAUGCAUUGAACAAGUUGAUGAAAGGACGUACCUGUAUUGUGGUUGCUCAUCGAUUGUCUACCAUUGUGGACUCGGAUGUGAUUUGCGUUCUUCAAAAAGGAGAAUUGAAAGAAACGGGUCGUCAUGAUGAAUUGCUGCAUAUUAAGGAUGGACAUUAUGCAGCAUUGGUUCAGAAACAACUCAUGAAACAAAGUGCAAGUGUGGAAUCCAUCAUGGAUGAGGAGGAUGGUGAAGUCUCUGAAGAGAAUGAUGGACCACUUGUGGAAUGUGUGGUAGAAAUGAAUGAAAUGGAAGAAAAUAACCACCAUCAUGAUGCAAAACACGACCAGAAUGCAAGUAAUGAUUCACUGCAACCUCUCAAUAAUGGAGUGAAACAAAAUGACAAUGAUGAAUAA